AUGCGGACCCCGGCGCCGCGCCGCAGCCCGUGAUCGAACCCGAGCCCGCCGUCCGCGCGGGGCUGAGCAGAGGGAGGGGCACCGAGGCAGCCUCUGCGGACUAACUCAUGAAGAACAAGGGUGCCAAGCAGAAGGUGAAACGCAAGGGAGCCGCCACCGCGUUUGGCUGUGACCUGACCGAAUAUCUGGAGAGCUCAGGACAGGAUGUUCCAUAUGUUUUGAAGAGCUGUGCAGAAUUUAUUGAGACUCACGGCAUUGUGGAUGGAAUCUAUCGACUUUCAGGGGUCACCUCAAACAUACAGCGACUAAGGCAAGAGUUCGGCUCUGAUCAGUGCCCAGAUCUGACGAGGGAAGUGUACCUGCAGGACAUCCACUGUGUGGGCUCCCUCUGCAAGCUCUACUUCCGGGAGUUGCCCAACCCCCUCCUGACUUAUGAGCUGUAUGAGAAGUUCACGGAGGCAGUGUCACACUGCCCAGAAGAAAGCCAACUGGCCCGAAUCCAAAAUGUUAUCCAGGAGCUUCCCCCAUCCCACUAUAGGACCUUGGAAUACUUGAUCCGACACCUGGCUCAUAUCGCCUCCUUCAGCAGCAAGACCAACAUGCACGCCAGGAACCUGGCCCUGGUGUGGGCUCCAAACCUCCUCAGGUCCAGAGACAUCGAAGCGGCUGGCUGCAAUGGAGACGCAGCGUUCCUCGCUGUGCGAGUGCAGCAGGUGGUGAUUGAGUUCAUACUAAGUCAUGUGGAUCAGAUCUUCAACCACAGCAUGCCCAGGGCUCUGGAGAACAAUGGUGGAAAUCAGCCCAUGACGAAGAGCCUCACCCUGCCCGCCCUGUCCCUCCCCAUGAAGCUGGUGAGCCUGGAGGAGGCUCAGGCCCGAAGCCUGGCUAUGAACCACCCAGCUCGGAAAGAAAGGAGGGAGAACAGCUUGCCUGAGAUUGUCGCCCCCAUUGGUACACUCUUCCACACCGUCCUGGAGUUACCAGACAACAAGAGAAAGCUUUCCAGUAAAUCAAAGAAGUGGAAAUCUAUAUUUAACCUGGGCCGUUCUGGAUCAGACUCCAAAUCAAAGCUGAGUAGAAAUGGGAGUGUGUUCGUAAGAGGACAGAGGCUCUCGGUGGAAAAGGCUGCUAUCCGACCAGCUAAGAGCAUGGACUCUCUCUGUUCAGUGCCUGUGGAAGGAAAAGAAACCAAAGGGAAUUUCAGUCGAACAGUCACUACUGGUGGAUUUUUCAUUCCAGCCACGAAAUUACACUCCACCAGCCCUGGCAGCUCCUGUGACCUCAGCAAGCAGGAGAUUGAUUGGGGCCAAGAGGGUAUGCUUGCAGGGGCUGAGGGGGGCUUUGAUGUGACUAGUGACCAGAGCCAACUCCAGGGAGCUCAGGUCCGGGUCCUGCCUGAGCAGCUGAAGGUGUUCCGACCUAUUGAGGAUCCUGAAACUGAGCAAACAGCCCCAAAGAUGCUGGGGAUGUUCUACACCUCAAGCGACAGCCCCAGCAAAUCCAUCUUCACCAGCAGCCGCUUCCAAAUGGAGCCCUCACCCCAUCACCAACGCAAGGUGCUCAAUAUCUCCGAGCCUUUUGCGGUAUCUGUGCCACUCCGAGUGUCCGCCGUUAUCAGCACCAAUAGCACCCCAUGCCGAACACCCCCCAAGGAGCUGCAGUCCCUCUCCAGCCUAGAAGAGUUUUCCUUCCAGGGCUCAGAGAGUGGAAGCUGGCACGAAGAGGAGAAGCCAAUGGGAGCUGAGAUUUCUACAGCUUCUGGUGCCAAGAAUGCUGUUCUCGAGGAUGCCUCACCCAAACCUGAAGGCCAGGGGAUGGUGGAAUGCAACCAGGGCCUUUCCCUGGAGCCACAGGCCCAACCAGAGGAGAAGAAAACCUCAGAACCCUCCUUGGCCUCCCAACAUUCAAAGGGAUCAGAGAAGAGACCAAAACUGGAGAAAACGGAGGAGGAAGACCGAGAGGCUGGCCCAGUGGAGGCCACUGCUCCUCCAGAGGGCCCCGGGGCCAGAGCCAAAGCUGUGUUUCUCCAUGAGAUGGAUGAUGAUGAUGUGACCAACCCCCUUCUCUGGCCCGAGAUUCAACAGGAACUGAAAAUCAUUGAAUCUGAAGAGGAGCUCUCCUUGUUACAACCCCCUGCUCAGAAGAUCAGCCCGGUUCAACUAGUUCUUGAGCCAAGCCUAGCGUCCUUUUCUUUCCCAGAGGUUCCUGGGAACUUGUCUUGUGGCUCUGCCCCCACCCAAGUUUCCACCACUCUGGAGGCAUGGACUAGGGACUCAACCAAUCAUGAUACACAGAGGGCCGCCAUGGCAGCCAAUAGGGAGAAGCUGAAGCCAACCAGCAGUCUCCAUAAAUAUAAGCAUGAGCAGGGCUUGCACCCAGAUCAAGCCAGUCUGGUUCCUCUGGAUAUAGUUCCCUUUGAGAAGGUGUCUCCAUGGGCUAGAACAGAGGUAGAAGGCCCAGAGAAUCUCUCCCCUUUGCUGCCACCUGCUCCUCCCCUUCCAACUCCUCUAGAGGAGACAUCUCGAACCCUGCAGUCAAGGGACAACCCUGAGAGAGAAGAUCCCUGCAGGAAUUUGAAGACCAGUCUCUAUGUUGAGCAUCCAAAGUUGACAGACAGCCCUGGGGUCUCCAGCAUCUAUCAGGGAGAUGAGGCAGCUCUGAAGCAAAGUGAAGAGGAAGAUUCAAAGAAUGCUGCUCCUGAGAGAAAAGGCCUUGGCAUCUCAAGCCCAACAAAGGAUGAGAUCUCCCCACCAGGAGAAGGGGAUGGAUCCCAUUCAGUACAAGAGCCUUCAGACUGUGACGAAGAUGACACCGUGACAGAUGUUGCUCAGCAUGGCCUGGAGAUGGUGGAGCCCUGGGAAGAGCCCCAGUGGGUAACAAGUCCCCUUCACUCUCCCACCCUGAAAGAAGUGCAGGAGUCCCGGGUGCAGACCCCUCAGAGCCACCGACUGGAGCGGAGGCUGAUCACUAGGCCCAACCUUCGCCAGAGCCACUCUCUGGACAGCAAAAGUACUGUUCCGACUUGCCAGUGGCCUCUCUAUGCUCCCUCCUCCAGCAGCUGUGCUAAUCUUGAAACAGAGAAGAGUCCCGACUUUCUGCAGUCCCUGGCAGCCAGGAGAGAGGUGACUGGAUGGGAUGAGAAAGCCCCAAGGCCCUUCAGAGAGUUCUCUGGCCUGCAAGGGCCAGAGGUUCUUCCCAGCCAGAAAGGACCAACUGGUGUGCAUCCCAAAGCAGCAGAGGCCAGCCCUGUCUGCCUAGCAGAGAGAAAGGAGCUGGGGCCUCACUUGGGGCACAGCAGCCCGCAGAUUAAACAAGGUGAUGUUCCGGGGCUAGACACCAGCAAGGAGAGCUCCCCUACUGUUCAGAGCAGCACCUCGCCUGCAGAGCGUCCCCCACAGUUACAGCAGAAGAGCACUGAAUAUGGGCCCUCAAAAGGGAAAAAUAGGCCUUCUUCCCUCAACUUGGAUUCUGCUGUCCCCAUUGCUGAUCUCUUCUGGCUUGGGAAUGGGGCCUCAUUUAGUUCACCUGGAGUGCAGCUCUCUGAGCCAGAAGACCCCAAGGUCACCUGGAUGACCUCAUCUCACUGUAAAGCAGACCCCUGGAGGGUUUGCUCCCAGGACACCCAGGACCUGGACAUUAUUGCUCAUGCUGUGAUAGGUCGCCGCCGUAACUCAGCUCCAGUGAGUGUGUCAGCUGUGAGAACCUCCUUCAUGGUCAAAAUGUGUCAGGCCAAGGCAGUCCCCGUCAUCACUCCCAAGAUCCAGUACACACAGAUCCCACAGCCCCUACCCUCUCAGAGCUCAGGGGAGAGUGGGGCUCAGCCUCUGGAGGGCAGCCAAGGACCACCCAGCUCGACGAGUGGGGCCUCUCAGAAACUUGCCAAAGAUGAGUCUUCCACUUCCCUAGAAAACCCCGGAGAAGAGAAAGCAAAGCAAGACACAGGAGCCAUUCAGUCCUCACAGUUGGACCUCACUGCAUCCUGCAUGUGUGAGGGACCCAUCCUUUCUCCAGGACCAGGCUCGCCUAACCUGGUCUCCACCCAGGAUGCAACAGUGCAUUGCAGAAAGCGCACAUCAGAGACAGAGCCAUCUGGCGACAACCUGCUUUCUUCAAAAAUCGAGCGCCCAUCUGGAGGUUCUAUACCUUUCCACAGGUCAAGGCCAGGAAGACCUCAGAGCCUAAUCUUAUUCAGUCCUCCUUUCCCCAUCAUGGACCACCUGCCUCCUUCAUCCACAGUGACAGAUUCCAAGGUCCUGCUGUCCCCUAUCAGAAAUCCCACUCAGACAGUUUCCCCUGGCCUUCUCUGUGGGGAGUUGGCAGAAAACACAUGGGUCACACCAGAAGGGGUUACACUUAGGAAUAAAAUGACCAUCCCUAAGAAUGGCCAAAGACUAGAGACCUCAACCAGCUGUUUUUACCAGCCUCAGCGGAGAUCAGUGAUUCUGGAUGGAAGAAGUGGGAGGCAGAUAGAAUGAUAUCCGUCCACCUGCUGGUGUCUGGAAAGCUACCAUGACUCAGCUGGACUUCAUCACAGGGCCAACUUGCCCCCUUCCGGGCACAGGUUGUCUAAAUGUGGGCUGAUUUUGGCCUUGGACUUCUUUUUAUUCAGCCUUUUGACCAUUCAUUAAUAUUGCAUUUGCCAGAAGAGUAGUCAAGGAAAGACCAAACAGUGACAUUUAGAGUCUGAAAGCAAAUGGGGAAGGUUAGGGAAGGAAGGGGAAUGGAGUGUGGGGAGAGGUUAGUGAAGGGAAGGGAAUAGCGUGCGUGCCUCAAAUGAAGUGGGGCUUGCACUGCUCCCCUAUCAUCAUCAUUUGUUGCUGUUGAGGCCUGGCUAUGAUAGUGUCCUUUGAAGGAAAGAAAAUCCUUUGCCUGUGUCAGAAAAUGUUAUAAUUGAAAUCUGAAACCCUCUUUACUUCAUGCUUUGUAACACUCCUUAAAGCAUGUGUUCUUUUAAAUCAACUUUUAAUAAGCUUUGUAGACAUGUACUAUCCAAAAUAGAAGCAGGUUUGGAAAUGCAACUGAAUGUGCACUUAGAUUUCCAAGGGGGUGAACUUACCCAGGUUCUUUCCCUGGGGUCCCUGCAGACCUGCCCAACAUGACUGUACAGCGGAAUAUAAAAUCAGAGUCUAUACUCAAGAGUAAGCCCUGAGACCGGCACAAUCCAUGAAGACUGUCUCACUCCGGCCUUCAUUAACUUGAGAUUCCAUCUGCCAUUGUACUGAACUCUGGGCAGUACAGAUCUGGGCACAGCGGGGACUAAGCUGAGGUUUAUCUUACUGUAAAGUUUUGACUCUUCAUGUGGGCAUGUAGUAGUGAGGUGAAGGUAUUAGCUAACAAGAUCAGCAUCCAGGCACCAAAUGCCCUCAGAGAAAAGCCUAAUACAAAGCCAUAAGUACACUGCAUACGUACUGUGUUGAAAUUGGUGUGGUAUUAGCAGAAAACACCUCUAGUUCAGCUUCAUUCCUCUUCCACGUUGGGCACAGAAGUAUAGGAAGGGAGGCAGGGCAGAGUCCUAGAAGAGCAGCCAUCACCGCCCCUCCCUGGGAGCUGCCCUCCUUAAAAACAGUGCAUUUCAUCUUAGCCAGUGGGUUCCUUCCUUUCUCAAGGGCAAACUUAAGGCUCCUCUCUCCCUUCUACGAUUUCCCUCAUCCACCACCCACCCCAGGCACUCAAACUUGCUCUUCUCCUCUGUCUGGAUAUAAGCAGAAGCAUUAACCAAUCUGAUUUCUUUCAGUUACUUAGAACUCUUAGAACUUCAAGUUGUCCUCUCCUUUUUACGUAAACAGGACUUAAAUACCUGCUGGCAGCUUUUUGGUGCUCUCUCAGAAAAAGGAUUCACAGGGCAACCCUUCUCAGGUCCAAGCCUGGCUGAACUCUGUUCAGAAGUUCAAUCAUUGCAGGUAUUUCUUUAAGAGCUAGCAGCACCUAAGGCUGACUUCAGGACCAAGGCCAUGCUGGGCUGGGGCUGAGCUGAAGUCCUCUCCUCCAGUGAGAAACUGGAAGCUGAUGCUCUGCCAUAGAUCUCUGUCUUUCCCAUCCUUCUUCCUUCUCUCCUUCUCUCUCUGUCCUACCUCCCCUUGUCCUUUUUUUCCCUCUCUGAUGAUAAAAAUCCUUGCAGUCUUGAAAUCUUUUCCCCUUGGAAGCCUGUGGCUGUGGCAGGGCUAGCGGGCAAGCCUGCUGAUGAGUUCAGCCUCUGGAGAGCACUGAGGCGCCUGAGCACUGGGAGCAGUUAUAGACUUCUGGUGAGUGUUUUUGCUUUCUCAUGGGGCAAACAAGACAUUAGAGCAACAGCCAAAAGAGGUCAGCCCAGAAGAAGAGCCCUAGUACAUAACAUUUUUCCUAGGCAAGCCAGGUAAAGAAAGAGAAUGGUGAGAGAUGAGAAGGGCCAUGAUCAGAGAUUUGAAAAGCACAUUCCUGCCUUAUCAGAAAAUGUAGCAGAUAAGUUUUAUGUCAGUCUCAGUGUACUUGUGGCAUCUAUGCUUAGAUAAGGACUGUAUUCCAGUUAUAAUGUGAGAGAUGGAAAGAACUGCACUUUGCCAGCCAUCAGGACUCUGAGCCAAGUAAUGGAAUAUUUUUUAAAAACUACUCUAUGAAUAUUUUAAAUUUUUGUUUGUAAUACUUGUAUAUUUUUAUCUGGGAAUAGACUGAGAAGCCACCCUUAACAUACUAACUAGUGAGGAGCCAGGCAUGGUGACACAACUCUGUAAUCCCAGCACUCAGGAGACUAAGGCAGGAGAAUUGCCCUGAGUUUGAGGCCAGCAUGGGCUAGUGAGUUCAGGACCAUCCUGAACUACAUAGUAGACCCUGUCUCAAAAAGAACAAAAAACCAUACUAACAAGUGACUUCGGUUCUAAGGGUUGAGGUGCCUAUGUAGAGCUAUAAGGUGGCAGCCGUAUUUCUGUAGACCCACACCUCCCAUUUAUGGCAUCCCCUUCUGGUGCAUAGGUAUGUGGUGUCAUCAUGUGGCCUAGUGAUAGCUGUCUGGAGAUAGUCCCCACAUCAGGCUUUCCAAGCCAUUCAACUCUAGAGGCACUGGGAAGCCAACUAACCUUCUCUGUGUCUUGCUGCUCAAGUGUGGACCUCUCCUUUGACAAUGUCACAGCCUGUCAAUUGUCACACACAUAUUCAUAAACUUCUUGAGGGCUGGGCUAGCCUGGUGCUCAUGAAAUUCCAUUUCAUGGCAAAGGAAACUCGUAUUUGUCUCCUAAAUUGUUCCCCUACAUGCCUUGGGAUUACCUAUUUGGCUACCUACUUGGGACUCUGAGAAAUGAGGCCCCUGAGAAGGGCCAGAGGGAAUCAGAUUGUUCCUCUCUAGAGCCAUUGGUUUCAGGAGGAUUUGCCUGAUGCCCUACCAGCUGAGCAAUCAAUCAUUCCAACUAGGGGUACUCAGAGAAUGGGAGCAGCUAACUUUAAAUGUUGAAGUGAAAUGUAUACACAGGCUGUUUUCUUUCAGUAUUUAUGGUUGCUUAAGAAGAUAUUAACCCAUAUUUAUUUGUAAAAUGGCCCUUCCAGGCCAAUUUUUUUUCUUGUGAAAUGGACAAAUAGAGGUUAUUUGGUUUUUUUCUCUACUUCACUUGAAAUAUGAAGAGACCUGAUCAAGAACCUUACUAAGACACUGUCAGCCUAAUAUUAGCCCUAAAAUUUGAAAUACUGGCCAAGUCAAAAUUCUGGAAUCUAGGGACAUUAAAAAAUGUAAAAAUCAUCCUCCUCAAAUAUUUAUCAAAAGCCUAGUAAUGAUGUACUGGGGACCUUAGUACUUCUAAAUUUUUUAAGCCUAAUGAAAAAGGGACAGGCAUCAGAACAAGUGAGAUAGCCCAUAAACAACUAGGAGUAAGGUUGAGAACCAUUAAUUACCAAAGGAAAAGAGAAAAAAAAAAUGCAGUAACUGACAUCUUUUUUGUUCUUGUUGCUAAAUUACCUAAUAUGGACUUGAAUUUGCAAUCCUCCUGCCUCAGUCUCCAAGUUGCUGGGAUUACAUACACCAUCACACUAGGCCCUAGCACCUUUCAAAAGAAUUACUACUAUUCAAGUGACCUACUGAUUUUAAAUAAUCAAAUUAAUCACAAUUGCAGGUCCAACUGGCAUACCAGUGAGACACUCAGGUGUUGAGAAGUUUGAUUUGAUUUUAAAAAUUAGAGUGGCAAGCAACUAAGACUAAGUAAUUCCAAGCUUUUAUGCAGACCAGAUUGGUUUAAUUGUGAAGUUGUGUUGGAUCUGGGCAAAUGAGCCAGGUGGGAUCAGCAUUCUAUACUGAGAGGACUUUGAGAGACUUUUGUCAUCACAGUGUGAGUGAAUCCAGCAGCUGAUGAAGUCACAGCCCAGAGCAUUUAGCACAGGAUAAUCACACUUGACUAAGCCUGGGUGGGACAGUCAUCUGUCUUCUGGGCCUCAUGUUCCCAGCUGAAUAGCUCCCAGUGAACAGAACAGAAGAUUCCUUCAUCUGGGAUCGAUAUGGCAGGUCACCGUAGGUCUGAUUCCCACCAAGAUGGAUGGGGUCCACAUUCCAUCACUGCCGGCCCUCACUGACCACAGCAUGAGCCUUAGAGCUUAAGUGCUGCCAGGAGUAUGACUUUAGGUACUUCUAGUGGAAAGGUCCUUUAGCAAUACUUCCUAAGGGCAGAAGAAGGCAAUUCUCUUUCUGUGCAGGGAGAGGAGCGGAAGAUGCUAGACAGGUGAUGGCCUGAGGUCAGUGCUGCAUCACAUAAAACUAGGGGCCACAAAGGCAGAUUGGCACACAGUGGAUUACUUAGUGACCCUGAGGUACAUUAGCAAUGCAGGGAUUACUUCUCUGAGGGUGUGGGGGAGUGGAGUUAACUAUAAGAAAUCCAUGAAUCUAUGGCCGUGUGUUUUACUGGAUGAAUCACAAUGCUCUGCAUUAACUUAAUGCUGUUGUAUUUUUUGGCUUAUAAUUCUGCAAAGUAAAGCACUUUUUUCAAAAGAGUCUAUUAGAAAGCCACAUGAUUGCCGCUGUCUUCUAAGCCCUACAAAUGUUUCCAAAGAUAUAAUCAAAAUGUUCUUCUAUUCAUUAAAAAGUAUAUUAAACCUAUCCAUAGAAACAUUUAAGUGUAAUUAAAAGAUUGUUAUGCUUUAAAAAUGUACUCCAAUAAAUGAUAUGAAAUAUAAUGCUUAUGGUGGAUCUAAGUGCUACAGGACACGGGGCCACCAAAAUCGGUAACCAGAAAAGUAAAUUAUGUGCCUCAUGCUCAUUUUAUUUUGUUCUGUUUGAUGUCAUUUUUUUGUUAUUUCAAAUCUGAUCUCCUGGCAAAAGUUCUGGUAAUUUGUCUCAGUAAAUUUUCUUCUUGUUAUGUUA